GUAGAUCAAUCGCUGUCAGAAAAGACGACGAUGACUUUGGCGGAGAAGUUGCAGAAAUUCCUAACGGGCUCCAAUGAGACUGCCGAGGGCGAGGACGUUGUAGUACGGGAGAAGAGGAGUGCGCAUGAACGGGACAGUGUCCUUCCCCGCACCCCCGCCGCAUCUUCUCUCUUCCGUCAGAGAGAAGCCGCGAUGGAAGCACGACGGUUGCCCCACAGUCGCCGCAUUCGCCACUCCAAAGCUAGCAUCGUCGCUGCGUCUAAAGUAGACGACACACACCGCUUCCCGUUUCGGGGUCAACCGUUGGACUCGGUUCGAACCCCAGCCGUCGCUUACUCCCCUUCUGCCACGGUGGAGGCGGUGGAGGGGAAGUGUUACUCCUCCGACGACCUGGUGUUCGUGUCCGCGAUGACGUGCGUGAUGGUAUGUUGCCUCGUCGCCUGCCUCGUCGCCCUCCUCACGGACCGAUGGAAGAAUUGGAGACGAGCAUCCUCCUCCUCCUUUUCUCCUCUCCUUGAGGUUGCAACUCUGAAAGUGUGCCCGUGGGGGGGAGAAGACGAGAAGCCCCUUGGUCGCAGUUUCCCCUGGAAGGGUUCCACGGUGGAGCUACUGGACAAUCUCGACUCCCACGCAGGGGACCCGAACGUGCGGGACGAGAACGAGGAGUUGGAGGAAGUGGAGGUGGCGGAUGGGAGGAGGCCGGUUCAGAGAUCCUCGUCGGCUUUCUUCCACCCGUGGAGGUCCAGCUCCCUUGAGAACCUCCACCUCCUGGAAUACACUUCAGAGUGAACUGUAACCCCUUGCAUGGAUUCAUCCAUUGUGCCUUCCACUCAUUUGUGAUUGUGUUUCUGAUCUCACUGAAUACAUGAAGCGAUUGCACAAAU